AUGAGUUCAUCGAGCGAGGAAGAUGACGAUCUUCUAUCUGGAAUUCUGCGGGGCGGUGAAGAUGACGAACCUCCGAAGAGGAGGGGGAGAAAACGGAAACUGCCACUACCGGAAGCUCUACCGCGUGGCCCGGAUGUGGAAACGGACCAAGAAUUUCGUGAACGACUAAUCUCGGUGACCGAGAAUAUGAUGUACUCGGCAGGUGAUGGUCCAUCUCCGCUCUCGCAAAACGUUGAUCUCGCCAUACGACUGGCUGCCGAGAUCCUGAGACCACUUUUUCGGAAUUUACCACGAUGGAAAGUUAGACAUGAGCAUACCCCUUUGGCUAUUGUACUGAAUCGAAUGCGGGUGCGGCCAGAUUUAAUAAGCAGGCUUUUACAGCGAAUCACGGUGGCUGCGAAUAUCAAUGAAACUGCCAAUCAAGUAGACGACGGCGACAAUCAGAAAACAUUUGCUGAAGAACUGGUGGAUCCGACCGGAUUGAAACUGCCGUUCUGUGUUGCCCUAACCGACCUCGGAAUGGAUCCAAAUGGGCUUUUGGCCAUGACAGACGAAAUAUCCGCGGCUCGGUUGGAACGGAUCGUGCAGCGAACAAAUGGGAUGAGUCCACUCGCAUACGGCCUAUUUUCAGACGCCCGAAAAGCAGCAAUUUGCAACUUCAACAGUAAAUAUCGAAACGAAGCAGCUUCGCUUUGCCGUUGGCUAGGAAUGAAAAGUCCCCCAAAAGUCGUCGUCUUUGCUGCUACAUUUCUUUUCAAGGAAAUCAUAACACAGUUCACCGACCAUGCAUCUCGAAUUGCCAAAGAUGUUUGGUUGGUCGAGCGGAUGCAGGAGAACCGACCGGGCGUGGGCGGUGCAGACUCCCAUCACCCCGUCCCGAUCUCAACAAGACACUAUCGUUCGGCCCUCGUCCGCAAUAAGCGAGUUAAAAAUGGCAAUUUCCUAUUUGGUCCUUUGGUUAAUUCUUUGAAUCAA